AUGUCCGAUCCCUCGACUCGUGUCGCUGCGCAGCUGCGACCGCAUCUACAUCUGCUUUCCGUCCAUCGCUAUCCUACGAUACACCAACUUCAGCUUGAACAGGCAUUCCUCUACCUCCGCGAUGCGCCGUCCAUCGUCAAAUCUGUCGCGCCGAUGUACUGGUCGUAUGUCUCAACACCCGAGGAUGGCAGUAUCCGACUUGAAUGGCUCUCACAAGAUAAAGCGGACGCCUACCCAUCCGACGGCUACGUUUGGGCCGAUCCCGAAUCGACUUAUCGACAUGAAUAUGCCGGGUACACCAUUGAGUUGCGAAUGCACCAGCUCGGCUACAUCCCCGGGCACGAGCAUGUCACCAAACAUGCGCGGACGCGAUAUCACAUCGUGGCAAAGAAUCCCGUCCUAAAUGCUCAAAUGCCGGAUCCUUCGCUAUGGAUUGUACACUACCAUCCCGUCGACCCUAGCCGCUUCCUCAGUGUUGCGCAAAUCCCAAUGAUGCCGCACGUGGGCCAGAUACUAUCUCAGCGUCGGUGGUUGGAAAGCCAGGGCCGUCUGGAGCAGGAGAAGUUCAUGCUGCACGACAGGGAAAAAUGGCCGAGCGUGAAUUUGCCGGGUGCACCCAAUAUGCAGCAAGGCGUUUAUGCAGCAAAUCAAAUGGGCGCCAUGCAAAUUCCCAAUAAUCGAUUCCAGCAGCCGCCAUUUCCACAGCAAGCGGGUGGUCCACCAAACAAGAGACCGCGCACACAAGGCCCGGGAGUACAUCCAGCCCCUGGUGUUGUCGAGAUGGUGCACCAGGGCGCCACGAUUGAAGACGAGGAGAACACCUCAUACGGCGAUUACUUCGAUCAUCUCACUCCACGCGACAUCAGCCUGGCCAGAUAUAUGCAGCACCACCGCUGGAUAGAAGAGGUUUUCUCCUCGCCCUACGCAACAAGUCAAAUCGUUCCUCCCGAUUUGGGACUAGGAUUGAUGGGAGAACUCAAGAAAUUGACCGAUGGAAUUCUAGCUCCGCCCAGCAUAGACUUGUCUGAGCGGGAUGACAAACGACCUGCAAAACCAGAAGAGGCGAAAGCGUUCACUAACCUUAAGAAGGAGCAAGUCGAUGAAUUCAGCCAACGAGUUGACAAGCACCUGCAGGAGGGCCAAGCAGAGUUGGAGAAGAUGAAGGCAGAACACGCAGAGAAACUGCGCUCGUGGAAAUCUCUCAGUAGCCUUGCUCAAGCAGACCAGAAAUUGCGGUUGGCUACAUGGUCAGGCCACACAAAUGCCGUUCCUACCUUUCGCUUUGAGCAAGUCGAGAAACAGACCAGCAAACACACUGUAGAAGAAAUUCAAAAAGACGUUGAAGACCUUCUCGGCGUGAAGGUCAAGAAGUACGAUGAUGCCACGCUCAUCGCGCGGGGAGGACUGCGCGACAGGAGG